CACAAAAGUGGCACGCCAAGAGCCUGAUUCAUUCCUGCUCGGGAGUAAAAAAACGGCGCAGGGCUCAUGGAGAUGGAAGGAAACCAAAUCCAGACCUCACCCAUGGGGUCCGCGCCGUCGAGGUCGUCCCCCCGGCAGUGGAGCUGGGGCUCGGCCCUCGCCGGCGCCGUCACCACGGCGGCGGCGGCGGGCGUGCUGGUCUGCAGGCCGAGGGACCCGAGCUUCGAGCUCAUCUCCAUGAACCUGUCCUCCUUCCACUUCCGGCCGCCGGCGGCGCUGGACAUCGGCCUCACCCUCACCGUCCACGCCACCAACCCCAACGUGGUGCCCGUGCGCUACGGCGCCUCCAACGUCUCCAUCCUCUACGGGGGCACGCUCCUGGGCACCGCGCGCCUCGACGCCGGCCAGCAGCCCGCCACAUCGUGCCGCCUGCUCCACCUCCCGGCCCGGCUCGACGCCAUGGAGCUCGCCCACCACGCCGGCGCCAUCCUCGCCGACACCGCGCGCCGGCACAUGGAGCUGGACGCCGUCGUGGAGAUCGCGGGCGAGGCCACCGUGCUGCUCUGGUCGCGCCGCUUCUCCGUCCGCAUCGACAGCCACAUCAUCGUCGACCCCGUCUUCCUCGAGGUCGUCGAGCAGGACAACCGCUCAGAGAUGCAGCUCUACCUAACCUGACCUCAGUUAGCUGCUAUGUGUAUCAUCACCACCUGAACCCUCUCGAAACCUUAUUCGUCUGUUUGUGCGAUGAAAUGCAAUGCAAUCUCUCCCAAUUCCAAGCAAUGAAAUGCAAUGCAAUCUCUCAA